GCCCCCUCAGGGCGGGCCGGGGCAAUGUUCAGCCCGGGGGCUGAGGAGGCGGUGGCGGCGCUGGACCGGAGCCUGCGGCGCCUCCUGCGGGCCGGGGCCGCACUCAGGUAUAAAGUGAUGAAGAACUGGGGAGUCCUCGGGGGGGUUGCUGCGGCUCUGGCAGCAGGCGUCUACGUGCUUUGGGGUCCCAUUACUGAGAGGAAGAAGCGCCGGAAAGGGCUUGUUCCUGGCCUCCUCAACUUAGGAAACACCUGUUUCAUGAACUCCUUGCUGCAAGGCCUGUCUGCCUGUCCUACUUUCAUCAAGUGGUUGGAGGAAUUCACUGCCCAGUACCCUUCAGAUCAGAGAGAGACCACCAAGCCUCAGUACUUGUCCUUAACCCUGCUGCACCUGCUGAAAGCCUUAUCUUGCCAAGAAGUUGCUAGCGGUGAGGAGGAGGAGGAUGUCCUGGACGCCGGCUGCCUGUUGGAGGUGCUGCGGAUGUACAGGUGGCAGAUCUCCUCCUUCGAGGAGCAGGACGCGCACGAAUUAUUCCAUGUCAUCACAUCAUCGCUAGAAGAUGAGAGAGAUCGCCACCCUCGGGUAGCGCAUCUAUUCGAUGUGCAUUCUUUGGAGCAGCAGCCAGAAACGACCCUUCAGCAAAUAAGCUGCCGAAUACGAGGGGCACCUCACCCCAUGUCCAGCGCCUGGAAGUCUCAGCACCCUUUCCAUGGGAGACUUACUAGUAACAUGGUUUGCAAGCACUGUGAGCACCAGAGUCCUGUGAGAUAUGAUACCUUUGACAGUCUUUCCCUGAGUAUCCCAGCUGCUACGUGGGGUCGUCCUUUGACUCUGGACCACUGCCUUCAUCAUUUCAUCUCAUCAGAAUCAGUCAGGGAUGUUGUGUGUGACAAUUGUACCAAGAUUGAAGCAGAAGGGACCCUGAAUGGGGAGGUGGUUGAACACCAGAGAACCACGUUUGUCAAACAGUUAAAACUUGGGAAGCUUCCUCAGUGUCUCUGCAUCCAUCUGCAAAGACUGAGCUGGUCCAACCAGGGCACUCCUCUGAAACGUCAUGAACACGUCCAGUUUAAUGAAUUCCUGAUCAUGGACAUCUAUAAAUACCACCUUCCUGGCUGCAAACCACGCCAGCACAGUCCCAGACUGAAAGAGAGUGUGGGGACGGUGCUGGACGUGAAGGAUGGGAUGACAGCCCCCAAAUCAGCCUCUGCUCAGCCCGGCAGGACCAAAGCACUUUUCGUCAAUGGGGCCUGCUCCUCCCCAACGCUGCUGCCAACCCCAGGCACUUUCUCUCUCCCAGGUGUUCCCGACUAUAGCUCUUCGGUGUACCUCUUCCGGCUAAUGGCUGUCGUGGUCCAUCAUGGAGACAUGCAUUCUGGUCACUUUGUGACUUACCGCCGCUCUCCUCCUUCUGCUAAGAACCCUCUGUCUACCAGCAGCCAGUGGCUCUGGAUCUCGGAUGACACCGUGCGAAAGGCAAGUUUGCAGGAGGUUUUGUCUUCAAGCGCUUACCUGCUCUUCUAUGAGCGGGUCCUUUCGAAAGCCCAGCAAUACCAAAGCCAGGAGUACAAGUCUGAGGAGUGAAACUGCCCAGAGCCAGGCCCAGCAGAGUGCUCAGAACUGUUUAGAAAACAAACAAUCCUCCGUUUUUCUCUGUAUACAUUAUGAAAAUAGCCUGACUACAGUUCUUCGACAUUCCGGUGUGGUGGUGAUGGCAGGCUCUCUCAGGAGGAGCUGCCGUCCUGAUCCACGCCCAAACCAAGCUGCCGGAAGCAGGGCGGGCCCUCUGGAGCAUCAGGGUGUCAGAAAGCAUCUGUUACAUCUACAAGACGUCUUCAGCCCCUCUGGCCACAGGGGACUGGAGAGCUCCAGACGCCCAGGGCCGCUUGGGGUGUGUAAAUUGUGAGUUUUAAGCGGACAUUCACUUUGUCUAACUCUUUUAAAAAUUCAGGUCGCAUUUCUCUAUUUAAAAAGCAGGCCCACAGAAGCUGUGAGUGAGAAUUUUCAUAGUUAUUAAAGGCAGUGAUUUAAAAGAAAAGAAGUGCCUUCCCCUUGUUUAAACGAUUACAAUCCAAUCAGUCGCUUUUGUAGUGGGUCACGUCCAAAAUCUGUGUAGCUCAGUGAGGCUGAGAAAGACCUCCAGGAACGCUUCACCACCUCCGUUUUCUUAGUGGAGGAACCAACGCAGCCCCUGCUUUUGUAUGUCUUUUUCUAACAGGUCACGUUUUCCUACAUUGGAAGAGGACCUGGUCAAGGCUAACUGCUUUGCCCUUUGUAAGGAAAAGGCUUCCUUUCUGUUUGCACCAUGCGUGUGUACGUGCAUGCAUGUGUGUGGACUGCAUGAGGCUGGGUGUGCUGCAUAUGUCCUAAGUGUCUGUGCUGUGGUCUGGUAAGCUUAUCCUAGGCCCUGACCCUGACCUAGCACGGACCUUAGAAGCUGGGUCAUGAGGGAGCUAGUCUUAUUCUGCUGCAAAGCAGGGCUUGCCUUUUUUAAAAAGCCUUUCCAAUGGCCACGUAGAACAGCUGUCUUUAUCACCCAGCACUCUGUAUCACCACAUACGUACGCAUGCAUGCACAUGUCUGCAUUCUGAAUUCAUUCCCCUCAGGCUCCUAUGCACAUCUUACUCUUAAGAAGACUAUUAUAAUAGAUAUUUAUUAGAAACAGAGUGGAAGAAAGUACCAAAUUUAAUCAUGUUCCCAUUGCCUCUUUUAAGAGUUCUUAAGACCUGGCACCCUGAGGCUGAAAAGCUUGUUAGCUGCCUAGGGCUUGCCUGUGUUUUUGUUAAGGUUUUGAAAAAUAGAUAAAGCAAGGAUUAUGUCUGCACUAAAACUGCAAACGCUCCAGAGAGAAGAUGUGGGCCCAGGUCCAUCCAGAAGCCCUCCCAAUUUCAGGCCCAAACUACCCAUCUGUGUGCCCAAGAGGGUGCAUUUGUGUAAGAAUCUGAAAGUGAGGAUUCAUCUGGGGCUUAGCUCAUCCAGGUGUGCUCCGAAGCUGCCCUGAGCUCAGAGUGUGAGGUCUGCUGGCAGAGGGCAAAGGGCAACAGCUCACUGGCCUGAUUUGGUGCAGUCUUCUGAAGGAUCUAGCUGCUGGCUCAAUUCAUUCCUUCACCAGAGUUGGUUUUGACUGUGAAAUGAAUGGAUCUGCUUUGCCCUAGGCCAGGGAAGCAAGGGCCCAGACAGAUGUAGGCUGCAUUCUUAAAUUAGCUGAAAUGCUGCAGAUUCCUUUGGAAAGGCACUUCUGAGAGAUGUGAACAUGGAAAGGGAGGCUUACUUAGUAUGAGGUGGAUAACUGUGAAAGAUGUUUGCAGAGAGAAAAACCAUUAACCGUUUUGUAAAAGCUGACAGUUCUCUAAUUUAUUAGCAAUUAUUACCUGAAAGCCAGAAGACUGAUUUUGAGGAUGGGGUAAAUUAUUAAUUUAGUUCCUCAUGAUAAAAAUUGAAGUUCAGUGAGUAGUUUACAACAUAGACCUCUGGUUUUGUGAAUCUUCUAAGAGUAUCUAUCUGGUUUUGUACCUGCUGUGUGGAUUAUGGCAAUAAAGAUUCAUUUUAUUAGAGAAGCUACAUUGGCCGUGGUUUUGCAGCUUACCGUUUCAUUGCAAAGACAAAUAAAAGUAUGUAAGACAGUCCUUUAAUAAAUCAACACGUGCUCUUUAAAUUC